CAAAACAUAUUACAUAUUGACAUUAAUAUUGGCAUCACUAAUUCUGUUCAGGAAAGAAUAUGGGAACCAAAUGUCAAAUUCAUUUGAAUAAAUAAUAAGCAUAUUAUUCUCACAUGGGUCGUGCGAAUUAAACAUCAAUUCAGUAAAAAACAAAAAUGUUUUCUUUUUAAAGAGGAAUCGAACUAAUUUUAUACUUUGAUUAAAAAAUUUUAUAUACUAUACGUAAACAAGAUGCAGUCAGCAAAUGCAAAUUUUGUUAUAGAAUUUACAUCAAGCUUACCUUCACUCGCAAGAACCGGUAAAUUAAUAUGCAGGAAAGGCAUAAUUGAUACACCUCAUUGCAUGCUUACAACCAAAGGAGGAAGUGUACCUUACUUAUCGCGAGAAGUUUUAGGAUACAUAAUAAAAGACAACAUGAUAAAUCAGGUUUUACAAAUUAAUCUUUGCAACACCAGUCAUAUGAAAGAAGCCUUAGAUGACAUCAACACCGGAAUAUCAGCAUUUGUUGGGUAUAAGGAACUUCCAACUUUUAUUUCUUUAAAUGAUCCCUGUGAAUUGACGCCAUCUGGUUUUCAUGAGCAAAAUUUUGUACCAAUGUUUACAAGAAAGGGUAAGGAACUAUUAACUUCUACCAAAUACAUGAAAUUAAUGGUUUCAAUGCAACCAGAUAUUUAUGAAGCGUUAUGUGAUUCAGAUACAAAUAUUUCUAGUACUAAUAAAAGAAUUUUUAAAUCUUUGAACAGAUCACAAAAAUUUGUGAAGGAAUGUAUUGAAAUACACAAAAAUUCAAAUUUAUCAAGAGCAAUGGUUAUAGCACCAAUUGUUGGGGGUUACUGUAAAAAGUCUCGCAUUUCUAGCAUAAAAGCAGUAAAAGAAUUUUCAGAUAUUUUUGGAGGUUAUUCUUUAAAUGGUUUUCAUAAUAACGGUUCUUCAAUUUUGGAUGUUCAGCCAGAAUCUAUAGUAGACAUAGUUUCAGAGAGCGUAAAGGAGAUUAAUGACGAAAAAGUAAAAUUUAUGCAGGGGGCGUAUGACCCCGUUACAAUUCUUGAUUUAGUAAAUUUGGGAAUUGAUAUAUUUGAUACAUCUUAUCCUUACCUCGUUACAGAAAAUUUUAAUGCAUUGAGUUUUGAUUUUAACUUUAAUGAAAAAAUCCGAAAUACGUUUUACAUUAAUUUUGAUAAGGACGAACGUAAGGAAGAAUUCAUUCCGAUCAGAGACGAUUGCAGUUGUUUCACUUGCAAAAACCAUACAAGAGCAUACAUAUAUCAUUUGGUCAAAACCAAGGAAUUAUCAGGACCGAUACUAUUAAUGAUACACAACUUGCAUCACUUUUUAAAAUUUUUUGAAACUAUUCGAAAAGCUAUAAAAAGUAAAAGCCUCACGAAAUUAACAAAUUUUAUGAAAAAUCAAGUGCGUAAUACAAAUUUAAAAUUAGUUAUAGGAGGAAAUAAUGAUGUUAACAGCAAGAAAAAACAAUUAAAUUUAGAAAAAUAAUUCGAAAUUCUACUCUAAGAAAUGAUUUUUAAUAAAUAUAUUUUUAUAUUGAUUUACACAUUGCAUCGAAUGAGAUUAUCAAAAUCAAAAGAAAACACUUUAAAAGUGUCGAAAAAAUGUUAAUACACUAGGUCUUCAAUUUACGACGGCAAUGUUUUCCGAAAAACGUCGUUGUAAGUCGAAUCGUCGUUAAACGAUUUUUUUUUCAAAAGUACAUUCGUAAACAUAUCAUAUGUGUAACAUAAAAACAUCCACUACAUUUAUAUGUGUAUAUUACAUUGCUUUAUAUAUGCCUUGUUAAAUAAUUGACAAUAUCGUAAUAGUCAGUUUUGUUGCAUGAGAUUGUGUAACAUCCAAAUUGCAAGUAAAAGGCAAAUUUUGGAAAGUUUUAUGAUCCAAAUUGUAAACUAAAAAAUUUUUACAAAGUCGAGUGAUUCCAAAUGUUAAGCAAAUGCCAAAUAAAAGCAAGAAUUAAAUAAACCGUUCAUUUUGGAUUUACAUUAAAGUUUUAAAACUUUAGUAAACCCUUAUUGUAGUUUCAUUAUAAAAAAAUUUAGAUCGGGAGCGUCGUAAAUCGACUGCCUAGUGUACAUACAUGCAUGUUAAUGUAUGUAUGUAAUACCAUUUCUUCUUGAUUUUAUCAAUAAUUACAUGUUUGUAUAAUUUAUUUUUUAAUUAUUUCUUGGCCUAAUAUUAUAUUACUAGUUUACGCAUAUUUUUGGGUUUCCAACAAUUAUUAUAAUUAUAACAACUCUUUUAUGUUCCCUAACGCGUUUCGAAUUUUUUAAUUUAUGUCCACCUUCAAAGUAUAAAUUAAAAAGCAACUAUUUUCGUCAAAACAAAUUUUUUAAUAAUUAAUUUUAAUAGAAAAAUUCAUCUUUGCUUUCCAUUUUUUGCUUCUUUGUUAUUAAAUAUAAAUAUAUCCGAUUAAAUCUUUAUUUCUGCUCUGAAAAUGCUAAAUUCGAAACGUCGAUACCUUAAGCAACAUAAAUAAGUUUUUUUUAACUAUAGUAAUUUUUAUUGGAACUUAAAAAAAUUAUGUACACAAAUAUAACAUUUAGAAGAAAAAACCGUACCCAUUGUGUUAUUUCCUGCAUUAUUAACGACAAAUAAAAUUUAAAGAUUUUAAAUAUACUGGAAUAGUGUUUUCUUUUUUAUUUUGGUAAAGUUUUCAAGAUAAAUGUAUUAUAAGAUUACACUAAAAAAUUCCUGAUAAAUAACAGUUUUGAUUCAAAUGUUUAUGAAAUAAUUAAAUUAACAAAUUUUGGAAAUUUUUUCAAUAUACUUCUAAGUGGACUCUCGUUGCUAUAAUUAAUGUAUUUGAUGAAGUUUCACAAUUUCUUUAUAAUAAUGCAACUGCAAAUAAAUUUG